AUGACGGAGAAGAAGCAGAACGUCGUCUUCUUUCACCCGGACCUGGGCAUUGGCGGCGCUGAGCGUCUUGUCAUCGACGCCGCUGUUGGUCUUCAGAGCCGCGGGCACAAGGUCACCAUCUUCACAUCGCACUGCGACCCGCAACACUGCUUCGACGAGGCCCGCGAUGGAACUCUCGACGUGCGAGUGCGCGGAAACUCGAUUGUCCCCGCUACUAUUCUCGGUCGCUUUGCCAUUCUAUGCGCCAUUCUACGCCAGGUACAUCUGAUAUUACAAAUUGCCUUGUUUACCCAAGAGCUUUCACAGCUCGCACCUUCCGCCUUCUUUGUCGACCAACUUAGCGCUGGCAUCCCGCUCCUGCGACUGCUACAGCCCGGCCCACGCCUAAUCUUCUACUGCCACUUCCCCGACAAAUUACUCGCAAAGAAGGGAGGCCUACUGAAGACACUAUACCGCGGUCCCUUCGAUUGGCUUGAGAGCUGGAGUACCGGCUGCAGCGACACCAUCGUAGUCAACAGCAACUUCACCAAGGGCAUCUUCGGCGACGCCUUCCCCAGCCUAAAGCAUCGCUCGCCUGGCGUUGUAUACCCCUGCGUCGACACAAACGUGAGCAAGUCCGCAGAACAACUCACGCCGCUAUGGAAGAACAAAAAGGUCCUCUUAAGCAUCAACCGCUUCGAGAAGAAGAAAGACGUAGCCCUCGCCAUCCGCGCCUUCGCCGGCCUCUCGCCCCAAGAACGUGAACAAGCACGCCUCGUCAUCGCAGGCGGCUAUGACCCCAGAGUAGCUGAGAACGUCACAACCUACACCGAACUAUGCGAGCUAGCCGAUUCUCUCAAACUGAAGCACGCAACUGCCAAAACUAUAAUCACCGCCCAAAGCGUUCCAGACGACAUAUCCGUCCUCUUCCUCCAUUCGGUUCCCAACGCCUUCAAAGCCACGCUCCUAUCUACCUCACGUCUUCUAGUCUACACCCCGCUCCACGAACACUUUGGCAUCGUACCCCUCGAAGCUAUGCUUGUCGGCACACCCGUCCUUGCAGCCAACGAAGGCGGUCCCACGGAAACAGUCAUCAGUGGUCAGACCGGCUGGCUGCGAGACGUGAACAAGGUGCAGGAUUGGACAGAAGUCAUGCGCAUCGCCCUUGAAGAUGGUGAUGGCGAGCAGAGGCUCAAGGAAAUGGGCAAGUGGGGCAAGGAGAGGGUUAUAGCGGAGUUUUCAAAAGAGAAGCUGGCAGAGCGGUUGGAAAACGAGAUUACGGAUAUGAUGAAGAGGAGCGUUAGACCGCCGCUUAUACCGUUUGUGCUGGUAUUAGGUAUCGUGGGGGCGAUGGGCGGGUUGGCGGCUGUGAGUUUGUGGUUGGCGACGAAAGAGUAG